GCGAGGCAGGGCUGCUCGCGCUAGUUCCGGUUCACUGUGCGAUCGUUUUCUUUUGAAUCCUUUGGUGUGGUUCUUGGAGACAGGAGGAGGCGGUGGUGGCUGGGCCGAGGAUGGUGAUCGUAAGACGAUGGUGUUCGAGUCUUUAGUGGUCGAGGUUUUGAACCGUUUCUUGGGGGAUUAUGUGGUGAACUUGGACACUUCGCAGUUACAGUUAGGAAUUUGGGGAGGAGAUGUAGUUCUCAAUAACCUGGAAAUAAAAGAAAAUGCAUUGUGUGAGCUUAAUGUUCCAUUCAUAGUUAAAGCUGGUCAUAUCGGUAAACUUGAACUGAAAAUACCAUGGAAGAAUCUAUAUGGACAAGCAGUGGAAGCUACAUUGGAUGGAAUCUAUGUGCUUAUUGUUCCAUGUGCCAGUAUCCAAUAUGAUGCUGAAAAAGAGGAAUUGCAGCUUCAAGAAAUAAAACAGAGAGAAUUACAAAGAAUUGAAGAAGCUAAGCAAAAGGUUGCUGACAAAGAAAAUCCCAAAGAAGGGAAGCAAGAUACCUUCAUUGAAAAGUUAAUUACGCAAGUUAUUAAGAAUUUGCAGGUUAAAAUUACCAAUGUCCAUAUCCGCUAUGAAGAUGACAUCACUAAUCCAAACUCUCCAUUGUCAUUUGGAAUUUCACUUCAGAACUUGAGUCUUGAGACAACAGAUGAAAGAUGGAAUCCAUGCUUGCAUGAUCAGUGUGAACAUACCUUCAACAAGCUUGUUCGAUUAGACUACCUCUGUGCAUAUUGGAAUGUCAGCACCAAAAUGUAUUCAAAAAGCCAUCAGAUUCAGGCGUUGAAAGACUUAAAAAAUGGAGUUUCAACAAGCGACUUUAUUCCAGAGACUUACCAGUUCAUUUUUCAGCCAUUAUCUGCCCAAGCUAAACUUGAAAUGAAUCCACGGGCAGAAGUUGACUUUGCUUCGCCAAAAAUGAACUUCCAAGUAAAUAUUCAAGAUAUAGCGAUCGAAAUAAAAAGACCUCAGUAUCUUAGCAUUAUGGAACUACUUGGAUCAAUUGAUAUGAUGACACGAAAUCUGCCAUUUAGAAAAUAUCGGCCAGAUGUUCCCUGUCACAACAAUGCUAAGAAAUGGUGGGCAUAUGCUAUAAAUGGCAUAUUGGAAGAGAAGAUAAAGCCUGCACUUAAUGCUUGGUCAUGGAGGCACAUUCGAAAGCACAGACAAACAUUAAGGAAUUACAGGAGCCUUUAUAAAUCAAGAAUCAAAACUAAGAAACCAGAUGAGGAACUUCUCAGUGCACUUGAGGAACUUGAAAAAGAUCUUGAUUUGUUCAACAUUACUCUUGCAAGACAGCAAGCAGAAGUAGAGGUUAUGAAAACAGGGCAUAAAAUUUACAGACCGGGUGCAAAAAUUGAAGAUGAGAAAACUGGUGGAUGGUUUGAUUGGGUUUGGAAUUGGGCAGGAACAAAAGAAGAGAAACCACCAGAAUCGAAAUCUGGAAUUGAUUUAUUGAUGACGCCUGAAGAAAAAGCUAAACUCUAUGCAGCAAUUGGAUAUAGUGAAGCUGUGGUGGAUCCAACAAUGCCUAAAAGAUAUGAAGCAGUAAAACUUUCCGUGAAGCUUGUUAGCAUGUCCGUUUCCAUUCGAGAAGAAGAAGACCAGCCAGAGAUCAUGAAAUUUGCUGUGAUUGAUUUGAGCAUGAUGAUGAUCCAGAGACCAGGAGCACAAGCAAUAAAAUUUGAAGCAAUGGUAAGCACACUGGAAGUGACAGGACUACCUCAGAACACAGACAAGCCACUGCUGCUUUCUUCAAGGAGUGCUUUGACAGAAAAUGAAGAUAUUCUGCUCAGGGUCAUGUUUGAGACCAAUCCAUUGGAUGAAAGAGCUGAUCAGCGGCUGAAGGUGGACUCAUGUCCACUCGAAAUUGUGUAUGAUGCGAGAACUGUGAAUGGGUUGGUUGACUUCUUUCGACCUCCAACAGAUGUUCAGCUGGUAGAAAUAACGUCAGCUACUAUGAUGAAGCUUGAAGAAUUCCGUGACAAAACUGCAACUGGCUUAAUGUAUAUUAUUGAGACACAGAAAAUCCUGGACUUAAAAGUGAAUCUCAUGGCUUCUUACGUCAUUAUUCCACAGAAUGGUUUUUUUGAUAAAUCUGCCAGCUUAUUGGUUCUUGAUCUUGGUAACUUAAAGAUGAUGAGUAAAAAUCGUGCGCGUUUGCCACAAAUUACUGCUGGAGAAAGCACCUUGGAGGAUAUCAUGGCCAGAGCCUAUGAUUGUUUUGAUAUCCAGCUGAGUAGUGUUCAACUUCUUUAUGCUAAACCACAUGAGGACUGGAAAACAGCUCGCAAACGAAAGGUGUCAUCUCAGCAUAUAUUACGACCCAUGGAUUUAAAGCUAGAGUUAUGCAGAGCAAUGGUUGCCUCUGAUCCAAGAAUGCCGAAGUUUAAAGUUUAUGGUGGACUUGCUUUACUUUCAGUUUGUAUCUCAGACCAAAAACUUAAGCGAGUUUUAGAGUUGAUUGAUAGUAUUCCGAAACCACAAAGUAAUACACCAUCACCAUCCAUAAAAUCCCAUCAGCUACAGAAAGUAUCGCCUAAUAUGACGCCACGGUCUGUUCAAAAAAGAGCUGUACAAAAGGACCUAUAUUCUUCUGUUCUGAGUAUGGCAGAUUCAGAUGAUGAAUUCUAUGAUGCUCCGAGCUCACCUGUGGAUGAAGCACCAUUUCUGCCAGUCAGAGCUGUUUCAUUGCAAAGAUCAGAAAGCAUACGCAAGAAACAAUUGAGAAAGCAAGAAUCUAUGAAAAAUAUGACUGACUUCCAAAUGCAAUUUGAAAUAUCAACGAUAUCACUGGGAAUCUAUCGUUAUGUAGAGGAUACCGAAAGCCCUGUAUUAGAACUGGAAAUAGUCGGACUUGGCACAGAGCUUAAAAUCAGAACAUACGAUAUGACUUCACACACAUUUCUGAAAGAAAUCAGUUUAAAAUGCCCUGAGCAGACAGAUGCUGAAAACAAACCCAUUUAUAUUAUUACUACUCUGGACAAUGAUGAAGACGAUCUCCUUACUAUUGAAUAUAUUAAGGCUAACAAAGAUGGACCAGAAUUCAAAACCACCUAUAGAAACACUGAGCAACUCAUGAAGGUGAACUUUUCAUCUUUGGACGUUUAUUUACACAGUGAAGCUCUGCUAAGCUCCAUUCAUUUCCUGAUGAACCUUAUCCCACAAUCAGAAACCAAGGUCAGUUCAGACGAACAGGCUCCUGAAAUUGAGGAGAAGAAAGAAGAGCUCCUCACAAAGAAGAAGACAUCUCCGAGAAGUGGAAAAUUAGAAGAUCUGAUCAAACUUCAUUUGUGUGCAGAACUGGCACUUCUGAAGAUUUUCGUCUGUGAUCCAACCAGAAGAAUUGCUGAAAUAAGCAUUGUGGGUCUUGAUGCUGAGGUGGCUUUGAGGAAGAAUUUAUCAGAAGUUACAGCAAAGCUGAAGGAUAUUGUAGUUUUGGAUUCCAGUGAAGAUGCAGUAUACAAAAAGGCUGUUUCCAUUGCUGGAAAAGAGGUCUUCAACUUCAAAAUAAUCUCUCAUGUAGAUGCGACAGAAGGUUUAGCCUAUUCUAAUAUGGAUGUAGUUGAUAGUUGUGUUCAAUUGACAGUUGGCUGUAUCCAAGUCAUCUUUGUAAAGAAGUUUGUGUCAUCAGUAUUGGCAUUCUUAAACAUUUUCCAAGCUGCCAGAGAAGCUGUCACAGAGGCAACUGUCCAAGCAGCAUCUGGCGUGAAGGAUCUUGCAGAACGGAGCACUAGAAUGCAACUUGACAUUCACAUCAAUGCACCCGUUGUUGUUGUACCUCAAUCUCCUGUGUCAAAAAAUGUUGUUGUUGCAGACUUUGGUUUUGUCAUUAUUCAGAACAGUUUCUCAUUGGUAAAACAAAAAGGUUCCACUAAUCUCCCACCUGUAAUUGACUCCAUGAAAAUUUCGUUACGUGAGCUUAAACUGUACAGGACAAUAUUUGAGAAUGAUGCUUUUCGGUCUGAAAUCUCUUUGCUUCAACCUGUUAAUCUGGAAGUUGUUGUUGAACGCAAUUUGGCUGCUGCUUGGUACCAUGAGGUUCCUGAUAUUAAAAUUCUUGGAACCCUAAAACCUCUGCAUGCUACACUCAGCCAAGAUGAUCUGAUCAUCAUAUUGAAGUCUCUGAAUGAAAAUUUGGGUGAUAAUUCUGUUGAAGUUGUACCUGCACAAGCUCAGAGGAAUAGUUCAAGUCCUUCUCCAAGUUCUGCAGGAAGAACUGUGGUAACAGCAGCUGUUGUAGAAACACACAAACCUCUCAGAGUUAAAACAACACUGAAGUUGGAUUUUAAAUUAGAUGAACUUUCAUUGAUACUGUACAGUCAGUCCUUGAACCCGUUGAACAUUGUUAAAGAACAGAGAUCUGAAGAGGACCAACUAGCAGAGUUCAAAUUGCAUACACUUUCCAGUUCAAUCAAGAUGUUGUCUGAUGGAUCCAUGAAUGCUGCUGUGAAACUUUUUAACUGUAUGCUGGAUGAUAAACGAAAGGCGAUACAGAAAGCCACAUCAAGAAUGAUAGAAAUGAAGCUAGGAGUUGAAAAGAAUGCAAUGAUGGACCUCUACUACAAACAAGGAAGAGAAGGAAUGGUUCUAGAUGCAACUAUACGUGAUAUUCAUGUUUGUGCAAGUAUGGAAUUUCUACUCACAGUGGCUGACUUUUUUAUCAAGGCAAAUAAUCAGGUCUCUACAGCUCCAGUGAAUAAGCCAGCUGCCAUGACAUCAAAAGAAAAAGUACCACCGCAAGCUGCGUCCAAAAUGGAGCUGAGUGUUCACAUUCAGAAUCCAGAGAUUGUCUUUGUGGCAGAUUUGACCAGAGUGGAUGCCCCAUCACUUGUGGUGACUGCACAGUGUGAAGCUGACAUUAAUAAUGAUCCAGAACUUCAACAGAUAACUGCAACUAUUAAAGAUCUCAAAGUUAUGGCCUGUCCAUUCCUAAAAGAAAAGAGAAAAGAUCAUGUUACCACGGUCUUAGAGCCUUGUAGUGUAUUUUUCCAAAGUGCACAAGCUACAUCUGGUCCCAGGUUCUUGGAGUUAGCAGUGAAAUCACUAAUGCUGAAAGUAUCUCCUGUUAUUAUUAACACCGUGAUUACAAUCACAUCUGCCUUAAAUCCCACUGUCGACAAUCCACAUGAAAAGGACAGUGAAAUACCACCUGACUUGUGGAAUAAGAAGAAUGUGAAAGACUUAAAACUCUGGUUUUUGGAGGAAACUAAAAAUAAUGAAAGUAAGAAUGGCCCAACAGCACAAUUAGAAUCGACAGAAGAGAACCUAAAAAUGACGGUGGACUUCAUUUGCUUGACACUCGAAGCAGGUGUUGGACAUAGAACUGUUCCAAUGCUUCUGGCAAAGUCAACUUUUAAAGGGGAUGUGAAAAACUGGAGCACAUUCAUUAAUCUGCAUUGCCACCUUAACUUAGAGGUGCAUUACUAUAAUGAAAUGCUUGCUGUGUGGGAACCGCUACUAGAACCAUUAGAAAUUGAAAACAGUGAUGAAUUUAGGCCUUGGGAACUUGGGAUUAAGAUAAAGAAGAAAGCUGUCAAAUCAAUGACACAGAGUGAAAAAGAAGAGGAAAAUUCUCCUGCUUACAAAACAGUUAUUCAGAUCUCUUCAAAAGACCAACUUAACAUUACAAUGUCAAAAUGUGGUUUGACCAUGCUUAACAAUUUGGCAAUGGCAUUUACUGAAGCUGCUGGCCAAUCCAGUGAUGUUUUUCAGAAAGACCAGGCACCUUUUAAAGUAAAAAAUUGCCUUGGACUUGAUGCGUCAGUUUAUCCCAGUGAUUCAUUUAUCAUCAUUGGCAAACAUCAAAAAAUACCUUAUGAACUUAAAGAUGGAGAAUUUCUCAACAUGGACUACCAACGAACAAAUAACGAAAAGGAGCGGCUGUCAAACUUGACUAAUACAAGCAGCAAAUUGUUUUAUAUUUCAUUGACUCCUGAAGGCCACACUCGUGCAGACAAAAUUCCAUUAACUAAGUUAGGCCGUCGAAUGUAUGCUGUUAUGCAUGAGGAAUCAAUUGUUGAACGAUCCAUUGUAUGUCAGAUUGAUGCAGUACGAGGAAGCAAGAGAAUAACCAUCCGUUCUCCUGUUCAGAUUAAGAACCAUUUUUCAGUACCUUUUAAUGUAUUUGAAGAUUUGGAGUCUUAUCAGAAGAUACUUGGUACAAUACAUCCAAAUGAAGAGUUCAAUGUUCCUUUGCUCUCUUAUAGAUCAGAUCUUCGUUUGCAGCUGAUAGUGGAAGACGAGAAAAUAUAUGCUCCCUGUGAAGCUAUCACAUUUGGUCAUGUUAGCACAAGUACUGAAAUACUAUUUCAUCGCAAGUGCCAGUUUUCUAGAGGUGGUGACCAGCAUACCCUUAUGAUCAAUAUAGUUGCAAUGCAUGACACGCUGGCAUCUGACAAUCCUGAUGAAAUUAACAAUGCUUAUGUUCUCCAUUUGUGGCCGAGUGCUGUACUUCAAAACCUUUUGCCUUAUGCAGUCAGUGUUUCCUUAAUGGAGGAAAAUAAGAGUCGGAGGUUGACUCUAGAUGAAGGACAUUCUGCCCAACUUCAUGAUGCUGUACUAGACCAAUCCAAACUGACACUGACUAUUAUUGACUAUUUAGAACAUAAUUGGGCAGGAGAAUACUUGAUCAAAAGCAAUCAGACAGAUAUUGAAUUAAUUAAAUUUAAAUCAUAUAUCGAUGGUGAAGAAACUGAAAUAGAUAUUGCAAUCCUUGCAACAUACAAUGUUGGAUAUGUGAUGCUGUCAUUGUAUAGUCCCUACUGGAUGAUAAAUAAAACGGGACGACUGCUUCAGUACAAAGCUGAUGACGUUCAUCGUAAACAUCCUUUGGACUACAAAAAGCCUCUCCUUUUCUCUUUUGGAUCUAAAUGCUUUUUUGAAAAGAAUAAAGUUCAGCUUAGGAUAACUGACAGCCAAUUAUCAGAUUCAUUUUCUCUGGACACAGUGGGUAGUUAUGGCUCUGUUAAAUGCAAAGGACCAAAAAAGGAGUAUCAGGUUGGUGUGAAAAUAGACAACAGCAGCUUUAAUCUAACAAGAAUUGUUACCUUUACACCAUUUCACAUGCUAAUCAAUCGAACGAAGCACAAGAUUGAAGUUACUGAAGAAUGUGAAUCAAAGUGGUUGGGCAUUGAUUCAAACCAGUGCAGCCCAUUCUGGCCUGCCAGAGAUUCUGAGAGAUUAGCAGUUCGAAUUGAAGGAUGCAGUGCUGGGCCCCAAAAGUUUUACUUCAACAAACAAGAAAAUUGUCUUUUACUGCGUCUGGACAAUAAGUUUGGAGGUAUCAUAGCAGAAGUACACUUGGCAGAACAUUCGAUAGUGGUGACUUUUAAGGACUAUCAUGAAGGGGCUGCUCCAUUCCUCAUUAUUAACCACACAAAUGCAAGCAGGAUUGAGUAUCAUCAGAGCAGUUCAACUGGAAAGGGACAUCAACUCGAGCCAGGUAAGGCAACCUACUAUACCUGGGAAGAUCCAACAGGAUCAAGAGUGCUGAGCUGGACCUGUGGAUGUGAAGAUAAAGCAAGAGAGCUGAGUACAAUCGAGGAUAUAUUCUCAGCGAUUUCUCAAGAAAAUGGGAAGAUUUAUUUAGCAUCCUUCUUUGAGGGUCUGCAGAGAAUCAUUGUGUUCACGGAUGAUGAAGGAACAUUCAGACUUACUCAAGAAAAUGAGAACGCAGAGCAAGCAGAACAGGAGAUCAUUCUGUCAUUGCAGAACUUGGGGAUUUCACUGAUUAAUAAUUCAACAAAGCAAGAAGUGGUCUACAUUGGUAUAACAAGUUCUGAUGUUGUUUGGGAAAGUAAACCCAAGGCGAAAUUGCGCUGGAAACCAAUGAGUAGAAAGCAAACAGCUCAGCUAGAGCAGGUUUACAAAGAAUAUAUAGAGUCUUCUCCUCAAGAGAGCCUCAUUGCUGAACUUCCAUGUAAUUUUCAGGCACUUUUAACUCCAAAUGGCAUGGACAUGAAGCUCUUACAACCUUCUGAAGUACCAAUAAGGAGAAAUUACCUGCCAGCUAUAAAAAUAGAGUAUACUGUCUCAACUCAUCAGAAAUCUCUCCGAGUCCAAAUUUACAAGAUCCAGAUACAAAAUCAGCUGUCUGGAGCCAUCUUUCCUUUUCCGUUUUAUCCAAUUAUUCCCCCCAAAUCAGUCACCAUGGAUUCAGCACCAAAGCCUUUUGCUGAUGUCAGUAUUAUCACAAGGUUUGCAGGGAAGUCUGAUAUAUCUCGUUUUAGGUAUUUUAAAGUCCUAAUUCAAGAAAUGGAUCUGAAGUUAGAUCUUGGUUUUCUUUAUGCUGUGAUGGACCUAUUCACCCAAUCAACAGAUACAGUUCUUGCAGAGCAAAAGCUGGAUCUAUUCAAAAAGGACCUUGAGUAUAUUCAAACAGAGCUGUUGACUGAAUCUGCCAUUGACACCACACCUGUCAGUUUAUAUGAGUAUUUCCAUAUUUCACCUAUCAAACUACAUUUGAGCUUCUCUAUUAGUUCUGGAGGAGAAGAAAGUAACAAACAACAAGAAGCAGAACUGAUCCCAGUGCAAUCUCUGAACCUGUUGCUGAAAAGCAUUGGAGCAACUCUCACUGACGUACAAGAUGUUGUCUUCAAGCUUGCAUUUUUUGAAAUCCGUUAUCAGUUUUAUACUACACAACAACUUCAGUGGGAGGUACUCCGACAUUACUCCAAGCAGGCAAUCAAGCAAUUGUAUGUGCUUGUUCUUGGACUAGAUGUCUUAGGCAAUCCUUUUGGUUUAAUCAGAGAUCUAUCAGAAGGAGUUGAAGCCUUUUUCUAUGAACCUUAUCAGGGAGCAAUUCAGGGACCUGAGGAGUUCAUGGAAGGAAUGGCCUUGGGUGUAAAGGCAUUGGUAGGAGGUGCUGUAGGUGGUAUUGCAGGUGCUGCUUCUAGAAUAACUGGUGCAAUGGCAAAAGGUGUAGCUGCUAUAACAAUGGAUGAAGAAUACCAGCAAAGGCGUAGGGAGGCCAUGAACAGACAGCCAAGUGGAAUUAAAGAAGGCAUUACACGUGGAGGAAAAGGCUUGGUGUCGGGAUUUGUGAGUGGAAUCACAGGAAUAGUGACAAAACCUAUUAAAGGUGCACAGAAAGAAGGUGCAGCUGGUUUCUUCAAAGGUAUUGGCAAGGGCUUGGUUGGGGCUGUUGCAAGACCCACCGGAGGCAUCAUAGACCUAGCCAGCAGCACUUUUCAAGGGAUUAAAAGAGCUACAGAAACAACAGAAGAUGUUGAGAGCCUUCGCCCACCUCGAUUUAUUCAUGAAGAUGGAGUAAUUAGACCAUACAGGUUGAGAGAGGGAAUUGGCAUGCAAAUGUUACAGAAAAUUGAAAAUGGAAGAUUUGCCAAAUGCAAGUACUUUGGGCAUAAGAUGAUUAAUGAUUCAGACUUGUUUAUGAUUACAAAAAGUGGUAUCUUGUUUGUAACACAAGGAACAUUUGGGCAGCUGAACUGUGAAUGGCAGUAUAGCUUCGAGGAAUUCACGAAAGAACCUUUUAUUGUUGCUGGAAGGAGGUUACGUAUUGAAGCCAAAGAACGUGUGAAAUCUGUAUUCCAUGCAAAAGAAUAUGGAAAAAUUGUGAAUUUCAAAACUGAAGAUGAUGCACAGUGGAUUCUGGCAAAAUUGCAAGAAGUGCGAGAAAGAGGAGUACGUGAUCAUCCAAAGACAUGAAUGAUACAGGAAGUAUUAUGAAUUUUGUAAAACAAUCAUGAAAAAUAGCUAGAUUUUCAACUAUUACUAAAUGAGUUAAAUUCACACGAACAGUGUUGUACACAAAUAUUUGAUUAUUAAACUUGGACAUCCAAUACUUUAGCUAAUUCUAAGAAAUUGGACAUAGUUCUGCAUCCAUACAGCUAUUGUAUUUAAUGGCUGAAUUAUCAGUCCUGAAUUUUCAGAUGUUAGACUGUCACAUAGAGUAGAAAGCUCACUUACAUAGGCCUUAGUGUUUAAUCUAUUCACAUGACUCAAAGGUUGGUCCAAAGGAAAGCACUACACUACCAAGUGCCACACAAUACCUUCAACAACACAGAUGUGCCAAUGACUUUCUUCACUGCAGUGCUUUGAAAGUUACUUUUGUGUCACUGGUCAGUUUGAAAUAUCCAGAUAUUUGACACAUUAAAAACUCAAUGAUCCAUUAGUGUAUUUUAGUACAAGAUGACACCACCUGGAGUUUAAUUAUUUCCGGUCAACACUAAACAAAUAGUAGAGUGUUAGCUUGGCUAUUAAUCAAAUACCCAAGAUCCUCCAGUUAUAUUCCAUUACAUUCAGAAGAUUCACAUUCUUGUAAAUAUUUAAUCAUGCUCAUCAUCACAUCAAGUUGUUACUUAUGUACUCAGACCAUUAAGAGGAUAGAUGCUGGAGUAUUAAUAUUCAAUCUACUUUCAUGCAAACAUAAUGCACUGAAAUUUAAACAACUAUGGAGUCUCCACAGAUCCAGACAAAUAUCUGUUUCUUUGCUUAAUACAAGGUCAACUUUUAUGGUUUUUAAUCAUGACAAAUUUGAACACAGGGCUUAAUUUUCAAAUUUUUAGUAUGACAAAACUGCUAGAUAUUUCAGACUUCAUGCUCCAAAUCAUAUGCAUUUUCUACUUUGUUCGAUACUAGUAUAUUCCUAAAGUACAUGUGUUGCUGAAUCUAUUUACAUAUACCACUCAAUACAAUUAAUGUAUGAAUGUAAUCACCCCAUAGAAUAACUACAGAUAACUUCUGAUCAGUGAUGAAUCUUUUGUUUGUAAUUGAUCAUGCUCAUGGCUAACUGUUUUUAAGUUCCUGUCUUUGAUAUUAUAAUGUUAAUAUGCAAUUUUCUACAAAACUUCCAAUUAUGUAGAUGCACUGUAUAAUCCAAAAUGUUUACCAUGUUUGCAGAGAACUAAUAGUAUGCAUUUUAAUGUUAUGUGUAAUUGUUAAAUGUUAUGCAGCAACUAUGCCAUGUUACCUCCAAAAGAAAUGCUGACCUUGAAAAUGGUAGCAUUUGGGAAGGGAUGGGGGAGUCAUGGGAGUAAAUUUUACAGUCUGUACCAAUUUUAAAAACCUAUGUGUUUCCAAAUUCAUGGUGUUAUUUUGAGUGUGAUAUUUUUCUUUAAAAAAUUCUUAAGCACUAACAAGUAAAAGCAUACUACCAUUUGAAAUUACAGUAUGCCCCUUCAUAAACCUCACCUGGAUACAGCUGUUUAAAAAACAAAAUGAAGAUUGCCUUCUAUCAUGCUUCCAUAAGAUUAGUGAUAUUGUUCCAAGGAAAAGAUCUUAUUCAAAUUUUGUUUGAAAACACAGAAAUAUACUCGGGUAGAAGAAAUUAUUAUUUUUUGAAUGUGAAUUGAGUUAUCUAAAAGGCUCAAAAAAUCCACUGUACAUAUUAAAUGCAAGGUAGUAGCUAUAAAUGGAUAUAAUAACUGAAUGUAAUGUCUUGAAAGUUGACAGUUCUGCUCAUGGUUUAAAUGGGGUUUUGGAUUGUCGCUAACGAUGAAACAAUAGUAACAUAAAAAGCUACUUUUUAAAUACAGCCUAAUUUAUAUGUUCUAAGUUCUAUGACGAAGGCUGGAGUUUACAGUUCUUGACACGAUCCUUGACUGUAAAAUUUGGGCCUGGGAGGACACUGAAAGUGGUCCACAAAGAUUUGACUGGCUCUGGUAUUCUGAUUGCUCUUCACAUUUAAUGCCACUUCUAGAGAUUGACAGGUCCAGCUACAGCAAACCCGACCUAACAUUUUCAAAAAGGAAAUGAUAUGGUUAAAAGUAUGGAAUAAAGACAAAAUAACAUCUACAUUUUUGUAAAAAAGUCAAGAAUCUGACUCCCUGAACAUUUAAAAGUGAAUUUUCAGCACAUGUAAAAAGGGCAGUACAUACUCAGUUAUUUAAAACUGGGUUUUUCUUUGAGUAAUAAUAACCAAAAGUGUGUAAAAGGUUGAAGUUCUGUGAUAAUUUGCUGAUUAAAAAGUGGAAUAAUGCAUAAUUCUCACAAAAGCAACUUCAGGAUUUCUAUGUUUAACUACAUGUUGAAAAUAGCAGAAGUUGCUCUGUGUUUUACAGUGACACUGUUAAACACCGCAGUUUCACUAUUAUUGUAACUACACAUUCCAAACCAAUUAUUGAGACCUUGGGUCCAUUGCCGAGAAAAUUGACAUUUCCUGAUAUGGUUGAAAGGAAUGUUCAGCAAUGGGAGAGAGUAUAAUAUCCACUUCGAUGAUAGAAAAAUAAUUUAAUUGUAUCUUCUGCUUGGAAUGCUAUUUUAACUUUCUGAAUUCUCUGUUCCUCAUAGUCGUUAAAAAAAAUCUCAUUUUUGCUGACCAGUCUAAUGUCUUGCAUAUCACAGUUGAUAAUAUGCAAGUUCAUAGUCAUUCACAUUUUCUUCAGCAUAGCUAUUCUGUAGUGUCUUAAACCAACCUCAUCUUUUGGACCAUUUGUGGGAACCUGCCUUCCAAAGUUUGAUUCAUUCAGCCGUGAGCAAAAGUAAAUUAUUUAAGAUACCCAUAUACUUAUGGGAUACUUACAAAUGGGUUUAUUUUAAUAGUUAAUUGAAACAGCUAAAAUAUGCAUUAGGUCAAGGGUAAAGUCAAAAUUGGAAACAAAAUUCAUAUUCCUCUGAAAUGAAACAAUACAGAAGUCUUUUGUUAGAUAAUUAGAUCUGAUGGAGCUUUUCAAUAUCUGAACUCCCUUCAAUUGUUCAUUGUUGUAUUUUUUGACAUGGAUUUAUUUUAUUGAAUGUUGCUAGUUAAAAUAGCUAAUUAUAGCUAGUUAAAAUAGCUAAUUGAAAAGAUCUAUUACAAGUGAAAAAAAAUCUUUAAAAACUGAACUCUAGUUUGUUACAUACCUAGAAUAGCUUUGUAUCAAUUUGACCAAGGUUUGCUUCUUUGGAAUUCUGUAACCAGGGAGAGGAACAGAUACCUCAGUAUUAUACAUGAGCUGAAGCAAAAGUGCCAAUGUUAUCUCUACUCAGCCUUGUAUUUGAGUAAUUGGGUAAACCUAAAAUAUUUGCACCAUGAAAUGCCUGUUAUUGGAAAUUGUAACAAGGCAUAACCUUAACGGUACUUUACUUUUAUAGAAACUAACCUUACAAACUGAUCAUCACUGUACUAAAAUUGAUCAUGGACAUGUAAUUUCUAACAAUGUGAAAUUGUGAAGUAAUAUUUUGUUUUCAGUGCUGCUUUUGUUUGAGCUUUUCUUUAGCUUUGCACAUAGUACCAUUGCACCAAUGGUAAGUUGAUUUUUUAAAAAUGUAUGAAUGCAAAUUGUUGAAUAAAAGU